AUGGAGCAGCUUGUAAACUUCAUUAUUCGACCUCCAAGAGCUGAAUACAAUCCAGAACAUGAUCUCUUGGAACAAGAGUUCAUGCUGAAAGGGAGAUGGUACCAGAGGAAAGAUUUAGAGGUUAAAAACAGCAGGGGAGAUGUGCUUCAGUGUAGUCAUUACAUGCCAGUUGAGCGUCCUGAAGAUAGGCCUCUACCUUGUGUAAUAUACUGCCAUGGAAACAGUGGAUGCAGAGCUGAUGCCAGUGAAGCUGCGAUCGUAUUACUUCCUUCAAACAUCACAAUUUUCACGCUUGACUUUUCGGGAUCUGGUCUCUCCGGUGGGGAGUAUGUCACAUUGGGUUGGAACGAAAAAGAUGAUCUGAAAGCCGUGGUUGAGUAUUUGCGCACGGAUGGAAAUGUCUCCAUGAUUGGCUUAUGGGGUCGUUCAAUGGGUGCUGUCACAAGCUUGAUGUAUGGAGCCGAGGAUCCCUCUAUCGCAGCGAUGGUUCUAGACAGCCCGUUCUCUGAUUUGGUUGAUUUGAUGAUGGAACUUGUAGAUACAUAUAAGUUCCGGUUACCGAAGUUUACUAUAAAAUUUGCGAUACAAUAUAUGCGGAGAGCUGUUCAGAAGAAAGCCAAGUUUGACAUAACGGAUCUCAACACCAUUAAGGUAGCUAAGUCUUGUUUUGUUCCAGUUUUAUUUGGACAUGCUAUAGACGAUGACUUUAUUCGCCCUCAUCACUCAGAGCGUAUAUAUGAAGCAUACAUAGGAGACAAAAAUAUCAUCAAAUUCGAGGGAGACCACAAUUCACCACGGCCACAAUUCUACUUUGACUCGAUAAACAUAUUUUUCCAUAACGUUCUUCAACCUCCAGAGGCGGUUGGGCCAACAUAUUUUGACCCGGUGGAUGAUUACUUUGCCAAGGGCAGUUGGAGCACCAUGCAAGAACUAAAUUCUCCACAAUCCCCAGAACUGAAAAGCUUAGCUGCAAGCAGCACCUCCGAUGCAAUAAAUGAAGUCCGCAUGAAAAGACCUAUGAGUCGCACAGAGGUUCCUUCCAGCGUUCCUUCUAAUCAAUCAUCAUCAGAAACCAAGGAAAAAGAGAAUCAUGAAGGCUCCAGUAGUUCGUCUUCCGAUAUGAUCAGCUUUGAUUUGUCUAAUGGGGAUCCAUAUCCUUCUCAUCUUGCGGUAGCUUUAGAUGAUGAUCAAUACGUGGAGUUUCACGUAGAUGAGUUAGCAGAUUUUCCAUCUAAUGCAGAGGAAGAAGAGAGGAUGCUGAUGGAAGCGGUGAUGAAAUCACUGAAGGACGUUAAUGUCGAAACUCAUAAGAACAAAGAACCUUCCACGACCAAUACAGAGAAGAACAAGGAAGAAAAAGAAGGCAAUGCUGCUGCUUCUACUAGAAAAUCAGAAUCUGCUUCCGGUCCAACACCAAGUAGCCAUGGUGCACCAUCAUCCUGUGAAGACAAUGCUCCAUGUAAACCAUCAGAUUCUCUUCCAGGACCUGUAAAUGGUUUUGUUCCUGGUGCUUCCCCCAGAAUGAGUCUGGACACAAACGACGCCAUUGAUUUGUCAGCACGAACAAAGGCAACAGUGACUGUGGUUGCACGUAGUAGCACAUCAGGAAACGUCUUAGACGGGUUAUUACGCCGAUGGGAUCUUAAUUUCUUCAAAAGUAGAUAA